AUUGAACUGUGAACAAACGUGUUAUAUUGCUCGUGUAGUGCAGUCGUGACAAAAUUAAAUUUAUGAAUAGUUGUAGUUUAUUUAUCUAAGUUACUUCUCAAUUAUUUACUUUACAAUGGCCGAACCGAAAGCAGAUAUCGCUCUCAUAGGAUUGGCCGUGAUGGGCCAAAACCUCAUUCUAAACAUGGACUCAAAGGAUUUUGUUGUUUGUGCCUUCAAUAGAACUGUUGAAAAAGUUGACCAAUUUCUUGCAAAUGAGGCAAAAGGAACAAAAAUCAUCGGAGCCAAGUCAUUAGAAGACAUGGUGGCCAAACUCAAAAAGCCCAGGAAGGUUAUGUUAUUGGUCAAAGCUGGUUUUGCUGUUGAUGAGUUUGUGAAGAAGCUAGUGCCCUUAUUGGAAAAGGGUGACAUCAUUAUUGACGGUGGAAACUCACAGUACACCGACACGCAGAGGUGGUGUGAACAGUUGCAAUCGACUGGUAUCUACUAUAUUGGAAUGGGUGUGAGCGGUGGAGAAGAUGGCGCUCGUUAUGGUCCAUCUCUCAUGCCUGGUGGUCAUCCCGCUGCGUGGCCCCAUGUUAAACCUAUUUUCCAGGCAAUAAGUGCAAAGGCAAACAACGAGCCCUGCUGUGACUGGGUGGGCGAGUCAGGUGCCGGUCACUUUGUCAAAAUGGUCCACAAUGGUAUUGAGUAUGGUGACAUGCAGCUCAUUUGUGAAGCUUAUAACCUGAUGAAGGAUGUUUUGGGCAUUGAACAAGAUGAAAUGGCUCAAGUGUUCGAAGAAUGGAACAAAGGUGAACUGGACUCUUUCCUUAUUGAAAUCACAAGAGACAUAUUGAAGUUUAAGGACUCAGAUGGCAAAUACCUAUUACCGAAGAUUCGGGAUGCAGCCGGUCAGAAGGGAACGGGCAAGUGGACGGGAAUCAGUGCUUUGGAGUAUGGAGUGCCUGUCACUCUAAUUGGUGAAGCCGUGUUCGCUCGCUGUCUCUCUGCUCUUAAGGAUGAGCGUGUCCAAGCCAGCAAAGUAUUGCCCGGUCCAGCGGCCAAGUUCUCCGGAGACAAGAAAAAGUUCCUCGAAAAUCUUCGUAAGGCCCUCUACGCUAGUAAGAUGAUCUCUUACGCACAAGGAUUCAUGCUUCUUAGAGAGGCUGCUAAGGCGAACAAGUGGAAUCUGAACUACGGCAGUAUUGCUCUCAUGUGGCGCGGAGGCUGCAUCAUCAGGAGUGUCUUCCUUGGAAACAUCAAGGACGCGUUCACAAAGAACCCGCAGCUCAGCAACCUGCUCCUGGACCCGUUCUUCAGCGAGCGCAUCAGCAACAGCCAGCAGGCGCUGCGUGAAGUGGUCGCUCAGGCUGCUCUCAGCGGAGUGCCAACGCCUGCGUUCUCUUCUGCCCUUGCUUUCUAUGAUGGAUACAGGGCUUCGGUACUGCCAGCUAACUUGCUGCAGGCUCAAAGGGAUUAUUUCGGCGCCCAUACUUACGAGUUGGUGGACAAGCCCGGGAACUUCAUCCACACCAACUGGACCGGCCAUGGCGGCAAUGUCUCCGCUUCCACGUACAAUAAUUAAUUUAUUUGUACAAGAACAACGCUUGCGCAUAAAUUUUACCUCUCUUCGGCCAAUAUUCGAGAAAUGCUUUCAUAAAAACGUAUUAAGGAAUCAAAUUACGAAUCUUUUGUAAUAACCAUACAGUUGUUAGUGUUGUGAUCUUUUAUGAACAUUCCUUAGGUGUAAGCGCAUUGUUCCUAGGUUAAGACAAUAACGUGCGAACGCUCUGCGAAUUUUCGAUGUAUCUUAUUUAAUUUUUUGGUAUUAUUUUAUAUAACGUUCCAUUUUAUUGCAUUUUUUUUCGAUAAUCGAUCCUAAUGUACAUCAAUGGUUACACAGACUUGUAUAUUAUAGAUUAUUUGUUAUUGUAUUGGUGAAUGUUCUGUAUGCGUCGUUAGAAAUUAUGGGUCCAAAAUGAAUCAUAUUUUAUAGUUUUUAAAUGCUGUUGAAAUAAAUGGGCUAUUCUAGAA